AUGGACUCACCGAGCACGUCCCAAGCCGACGACAAGAGUGCUCCCAUCAGUGAAGCAGAGAGAAAGAAGCUCCGUAAUCGGCUUUCACAGCGGGCUUUCCGUCGCAGGCAAGCGGAAUGUAUCAGAGAACUACGCAACCGCGUAAAUGCGGACCAGCGGCCUGAUAGCGAGCGAGUGGAGGCGCUGCAGAGAGAGAACAAGAUGCUGAGACAGCAAUUAAUCGAGGUUCAGGCCAAAAUGUCUAAAGUCUUGGCUUCUGUUCAGUUAUUAAGUGACUCUGUUACUAAAACGCUGGACGACACCAAAGACGGGAGUCAUUCACCGGAAGAGGCGGACCAGGAAGGAGAUGUUUUGACUCAGAAGAAAGAUCAACAUAUAUCAAACUCCUCGAUGAAUUCGUUGGAUCUCGACUCUUUUGACCCGUCCAUUCUUGACUUUGAUGUGCCUUUUGUGUCAACAAACACUACGCAAUCAGCUCCAGAGCCAACAAAUAGUCUCACCUCAGAGCUCAUCAACGUCACAGGAACGAAUCCGUUAUACUCUCAGAUACCCAGCAUAUGGAGCCACGAGUAUCAGAUGGGCCUGGAGCCUUACAUCACUGCCAUCAACGCAACCGAAGAAUCAAGUCUGGUAUUGGGCAAAGAUUACGCAUUCACAAACUCUCCCUUUUCGGAUCACAUACAGUUGCUUCAAAAAAUGUUGAAAACUAAGCUUACCACACUCGGUUUUGUUCCAGAGGGUCAUCAUCCUGUACACAGUGUCUAUCAGCCAGUAUUAAUGGUCCUUUCCAUGUUUAAUAGUAUGACUCGCCCAGACGUGAUGGCAUGGUAUGCCAAGACACGUUUCUAUCACAUUAUCGAACUCACCGCCUGGCAACUCUAUCCUUCGGCAGCAACUUUUAACAAGCUCCAUCCUCGGUAUCGCCCUACCAAAGCACAAUUGGAAAAUCCUCACCCUGGAAUCAUUGAUUGGAUACCUUUCCCAUCGAUCCGAGACCGGUUAAUCCAGCUACACUCGGCCAAUCCACACAUUGACCAGAUCUUCUGCGACGCAGUGACAGGCUACGUGGUAGAGGCACUCAUGUCAGACCUGAUACUGGGUACCCCGCCGAUAAUGGUCUACGUACGUGUUACAGAUCUUAUCAACACAAUGGCUCGAUCAUCUGGAGAUGAGUCCAUGACUGCUGUUCUACCUGCUCCGGAUAUUUCAACCCUGUUUUCUUCGCCCGCAUACGCAAGAGCAGCAUUCAAUAAAUUGAAUAUGGACAAGGGAGCAGGUUAUUACAAGAUUGACCCCGCUUUCUUCGAAAAGUAUCCGGAGCUGUGGGAUCAAGCGGGAGGCCUGACAGCAACUGGCAUGCCUCUUAAGCCAAAAUAUCAAAAGAUACUUACGUAUCCGAAACCGCUGGAUCCAUCUACAGUGGAGACUUACCGAAGCUUCAUCGACUUUUCUCUCGAUGCAGCGAGUACGAUUUAG